AUGUCCAUAGUUCGUUCAUCCGUCCAUGCCAAAUGGAUUGUGGGGAAGGUGACUGGGACAAAAAUGCAAAAGACUGCUAAAGUGAGAGUGACCAGGCUUGUUCUGGAUCCCCAUUUAUUAAAGUAUUAUAAUAAGCGAAAAACCUACUUUGCUCACAAUGCCCUUCAGCAGUGCACAAUUGGGGAUAUCAUGCUUCUCAAAGCUUUACCUGUUCCACGAACAAAGCAUGUGAAACAUGAACUGGCUGAGAUUGUUUUCAAAGUUGGAAAACUCAUAGAUCCAGUGACAGGAAAACCCUGUGCAGGAACUACCUAUCUGGAGAGUCCAUUGAGUUCGGAAACCACCCAGCUAAGCAAAAAUCUGGAAGAACUCAGUAUCUCUUCAGCACAGUGAAGGAGGAAUGGAAAAAGAAGCC